GUAUGGUACAAACGCCUGAGCACUUGGGUUCGUGACAAUGCCACUAUGGCCGUCUCUGAGGUUCGCUCGGAUAGAGGACCUGAACAAGUCAACUGGCCCCCAGGUUUCUCGAAGCCUUACUUGGAUUUCCAAAUGAGCACGUUGAGGCCGUCUGGGAAAUUCCACACUUUCCUAAAUAGUCUGUUUAACGCUGGCUAUUACAACAAAGAGACCAAGUCCUACAUUCCUUCGACUAUUGCCAUCGAAGGAUAUACUGGCGUUGAGGUCAAUCUCUACCACCGCCCUGAUGAUACCACAACACGUACAGAAUGCAAUACCAUAACUGAGAUCAAUGCUCGCGCCAAAGCAGUAACUGGGACUGUUGUCGGUAGCUUCUGGAACUACAGUCACAAUUUCCACCAUGCCGAGCCUCUUAUGCUCAGCUUUCACGUCAGGUUUCCUGGCCUCGCCCGUGCCUACCUCAACGGAGAAUUCGAGGGCGAAUGCGAACGUCUAGUAGAAAGCCUCAAGGAGACUCCACAUGGUUAUGCCUUUGUCACUGGUGGUCCCGGUUCAGGAAAGACUACCACUGCCAUGCAACUCGUCGCUGCCAUCGUUUCCGGCGGUGUUGGAGAGAUCCGAGAGCAUGAACCUAAGCCCUCUUCUGCUUGGGACCAGUCCGCACCUCCCGCUCCCGCUGCUUGGGACCAGUCCGCACCU